UCCCUCACACCACGUCAGACAUCAAGAGGUUUCGUUCUCCUUCACCUGAUCUAUAUCUAUUUUCCCUGGCGACGACAAAAUCACGGAAAAUCAAUCCUAAUUCUUGAACAGUUUUCUUGAAUCAAUAUCGUUAAUAUUGUGAAGUUCUUGGAUUUGUUUGUAGAAGAUGUGGGGUCAGGCUUACGGGAAGUAUGACGUGGAAUCUGGCCGCCAGCCACUGUAUCCGAUGAUGCUGGAGAGCCCGGAACUCCGGUGGUCGUUUAUUCGCAAGAUAUAUACGAUAAUCAGUAUUCAGUUGCUUCUCACUGUUGCUGUGGCUGCUCUUGUUGUUACCGUCCACCCCAUAUCUCAUUUCUUUGCCACUACCUCGGCUGGUUUGGCGCUUUACAUUCUUCUGAUCAUCACCCCUUUUAUUGUCUUGUGCCCACUGUAUUACUAUUAUCAGAGGCAUCCUUUGAAUUAUUUCCUGCUUGGGCUGUUCACGGUGUCGCUUGCAUUUGCUGUCGGGUUGACUUGUUCCUACACCAGUGGGAAAGUUAUUCUGGAGGCUGCUCUCUUGACUGCUGUUGUGGUUGUCAGUCUCACUUUAUACACUUUCUGGGCUGCAAAGAGAGGUCAAGAUUUCAAUUUCCUUGGGCCUUUUUUGUUCGGAGCUGUUGUCGUGCUGAUGUUCUUCUCCAUUAUUCAGAUUUUCUUCCCUCUGGGUAAGGUAAGUGUAAUGAUAUACGGUGGCCUGGCAUCUAUAAUAUUCUGUGGAUACAUCGUAUACGACACUGAUAAUCUGAUCAAGCGAUACACCUACGACGAGUUCAUAUGGGCUGCUAUUGCGCUGUAUUUAGACAUCAUCAACCUCUUUCUUUCUCUGUUGACCCUUUUUAGAGCUGCAGAUAAUUAGAACCUUGAUAUUGGUUUGUGUUAAUUCACUUGGCCCCUUUUAUUUUUUUUAAAUGUAUGUACUCUCGUUGGAUAAUUGUUGCUGAGUGUGGAAAGUGGAUCCCCUCAGUUCAUAUGUAAAGCACUUGCACAGUAAUUUGGUUGUCAGUUUCAUUUCAACGCUGCCCUGAAUCAAUGAUAUACUGGAUUUUUUACUCUC